AUGUCUGCAUCAAGGAGAUACUCUUCAGAAUCUACACUCUUGGAAGAAACAAUUUCCAUUAAUAAUCCCAUGGAUGCAAAGAAAUUAGACAUAAUUGAUAAUGUUCCACCAUUAUCAACAAAAAUUAGCCUGACUUGUAAUUUCGGGGAUUUACCAACCUGGCUUCAAGACAACGUAGACAUCCUAAGAG